AUCAUCUGAUAGCUGUGGGAUGCCAUCCAAGCUUGUGUCAUGAUCCGUAAUGUUCCUGGGUUUGUGGGGUAAGGAGACAAACAGUUGGGUAUUUGGAAUUUAUUCUUGAGCCGUUUGUGUUGGAGCAGAUGAGUUUCUUACUCUUGAGAUGGAAUGAGACUUUUAAAUACUUGUAAUAACUCUUGUCACCAGAUGCUCUGCAGGAGACACUAAGGGACCAGUUCUGCCGCUGUUUUAGAAGACAUGUGGUGUAUAUAAAGUUUAUGAUAGUUGGCGGAAAUUUGGUAAUUUAGAUAUGGGCUGUGUGCAAUGUAAGGACAAAGAAGCAACCAAACUGACGGAAGAGAGGGACGGCAGCCUACACCAGAGCUCCGGGUUCCGCUAUGGCACAGACCCCACCCCGCAGCACUACCCCAGCUUUGGCGUGACCUCCAUCCCCAACUACAACAACUUCCACGCAGCCGGGGGCCAGGGGCUCACCGUCUUCGGGGGCGUGAACUCGUCCUCUCACACAGGCACCUUGCGCACCAGAGGAGGAACAGGAGUGACACUGUUUGUGGCCCUUUAUGACUAUGAAGCACGGACAGAAGAUGACCUGAGUUUUCACAAAGGAGAAAAAUUUCAGAUACUGAACAGCUCGGAAGGAGACUGGUGGGAAGCACGCUCCCUGACCACUGGAGAGACGGGCUACAUCCCCAGCAACUACGUGGCUCCGGUCGACUCGAUCCAGGCAGAAGAGUGGUACUUUGGAAAACUUGGCCGAAAAGAUGCUGAGCGACAGCUCUUGUCCUUUGGAAACCCAAGAGGUACCUUUCUUAUCCGCGAGAGUGAAACCACCAAAGGUGCCUAUUCACUUUCCAUCCGUGACUGGGAUGAUAUGAAAGGAGACCACGUCAAACAUUAUAAAAUUCGCAAACUUGACAAUGGUGGGUACUAUAUCACCACCCGGGCCCAGUUUGAAACCCUUCAGCAACUCGUACAGCACUACUCAGAGAGAGCCGCAGGCCUCUGCUGCCGCCUAGUCGUUCCCUGUCACAAAGGGAUGCCAAGGCUUACCGAUCUGUCUGUCAAAACCAAAGAUGUCUGGGAAAUCCCUCGAGAAUCCCUGCAGUUGAUCAAGAGACUGGGAAAUGGGCAGUUUGGGGAAGUAUGGAUGGAGAAAGCUGAUGGUUUGUGUUUUAACUUAACUGUGAUUGCAUCGAGUUGUACCCCACAAACUUCUGGACUGGCUAAAGAUGCUUGGGAAGUUGCACGUGACUCGUUGUUUCUGGAGGAGAAGCUGGGUCAGGGGUGUUUCGCUGAAGUGUGGCUUGGUACCUGGAAUGGAAACACAAAAGUAGCCAUAAAGACGCUCAAGCCAGGCACCAUGUCCCCCGAGUCCUUCCUGGAGGAGGCGCAGAUCAUGAAGAAGCUGAAGCAUGACAAGCUGGUCCAGCUGUACGCGGUGGUGUCCGAGGAGCCCAUCUACAUCGUAACCGAGUACAUGAAUAAAGGAAGUUUACUUGAUUUCUUAAAAGAUGGAGAAGGAAGAGCUCUCAAAUUACCAAAUCUUGUGGACAUGGCUGCACAGGUUGCUGCAGGAAUGGCCUACAUCGAGCGCAUGAAUUACAUCCACAGAGACCUGCGAUCAGCCAACAUCCUGGUGGGGAAUGGACUCAUAUGCAAGAUUGCCGACUUUGGCCUGGCCCGGCUGAUCGAAGACAAUGAGUAUACAGCAAGACAAGGUGCAAAAUUCCCUAUCAAGUGGACAGCCCCAGAGGCAGCCCUGUAUGGGAGGUUCACCAUCAAGUCUGACGUGUGGUCUUUUGGAAUCUUACUCACAGAGCUGGUCACCAAAGGAAGAGUACCGUACCCAGGCAUGAACAACCGCGAGGUGCUGGAGCAGGUGGAGCGCGGCUACCGGAUGCCCUGCCCGCAGGACUGCCCCAUCUCGCUGCACGAGCUCAUGAUCCACUGCUGGAAGAAGGACCCCGAGGAGCGCCCCACCUUCGAGUACCUGCAGGGUUUCCUGGAGGACUACUUCACGGCCACCGAGCCCCAGUACCAGCCCGGCGAGAACCUGUGAGCCCGGCGGCCCACGAGAGGCCUGUCCCAGAGGUGUCCCCUCCCUGUUAGCUUCCAGCUCCCAGCCAGCUGCCCGGCAGCCAGAACCGUCCAGGAUCAGAUUGCAUGUGACUCUGAAGCCGACGAACUUCCAUGGCCCUCAUUUAUGACACUUGUCCCCAAAUCCGAACCUCCUCUGUGAAGCAUUCAAGACAGAACCUUGUUAUUUCUCAGACUUUGGAAAAUGCGUUGUAUCGAUGUUAUGUCAAAGGCCUGUUCCGUGUAAAUAGUUACUCCAGUGCCAACGACCCUAGUGCUUUCCUUUUUUAAAAAUGCAAAUCCUAUGUGAUUUUAACUCUGUCUUCACCUGAUUCAACUAAAAAAAAGUAUUAUUUUCCAAAAGUGGCCUCUUUGUCUAAAACAAUAAAAUUUUUUUUCAUGUUUUAACAAAAAUCAAUCAGGACAGGUGUUUGCUCUUUUCCUUUUUAUAAAUAGGAACCUAUGAUCUGUAUGUCCCUGCACAUACACCAUGCGGGCGCCAACAUGGAGACCCAGGCCAGCCAGGCCACCACGCUGAGGACCCCGAGCACGGAUUUCACUGCAAAGUCAGCAUCCAAGCACUGUGGUGUUCUGAAAACCAGGGGCCUCGUUUUUGGCUUUUACAAAACGCAUGUUUUUCUUUUUUCACCAGGUUGCACUUUUAGGGUUCAUGGCUGUUCCUUUGGCUCUUUCAGGAACCCCUCUGAGCAGAAUUCCCAAGUUCUGCUUCAACUUACUGCAAUUUGUUCUUGAAACUUAAAAGUAUUUGCUUCAACUUACUGCAAUUUGUUCUUGAAACUUAAAACUUAAGCUCGCACGUGGCCGAUAUCACCAAGGGAGCUGGAAGUCAAUACCACACAGACUUCUUGUAUAAAAAUAUGAAUGCUGACAUGUUUCAGAACUUUUUUUAAUUUAAUAAACCUUGUAACCACAUUUAAAUGGUCUAAAACCCAUAGCAUUGUAGUCAUGGCAACCUGCUAAACUUUCUCACGCAACUAAAAUUUAUGGGGAGGGUGAGGGCGGGGGGUUGUACAUUUCCCAUUGUAAAAUAAGUGUUUUAAAUGUCCUGUACUGCUAACGAAUGACUUUCUACCUGUCCAAGAGUUCUCCAGUGGAAUAACUAUGCACUACUUGACAUUCCAUGGGGAUGCACAGAAACAAAGUAUUACACUUUUAGUUACUGUUUGUACCAAUCUUGAAUUACAUGUGUUUAACAACAAAAAAAUCAAAAACCCUAUUUCUAUUGAGUUUUUAAUACUGAGUAGCAACUCUGAAGUCUUAAUUCCUUUUUUGUUAUGAUUUAUUUGUGAGUUUACAUUUUUAAAUUGUUUAACUUUCUUAAUUUAGUAAUUAAAAAGAGAGCAUUUUACAUUUGAAA